UUUUAGGAGGUCUUGACCAUUAUCUCUAUUUACUGGAGGCUUUCAGUGAUAUGCGAAAUUAUUUUCCAUGUUCCCUGGCUGAAAAUUACUGUAAGAAAUAAUAUUAAACCUACUUAUUUAAUUUUCUAUCCUUUGUAUUUUUUUUAUUGGAAUUGAACUCGUGACUAUCUGCUCAAGUCUUUCAGCAUCAUGAAUUGGUUAGUCAUGUUAGUGACCUGCAUUCAGUUCUAUAACUUGCCUGUUGUUGCUUAUCGCCAAGUUGUUACCUUUUCUGCAAUUCCUUGUGACGCGGUGGGAGCAGUGAAAGCCGCUGACCUUGCGGUUCAUUUCAUCAAUAAUGUCCGAAGAAAAGGAUUCAAAUACAAACUGAAUAGAUUAAAGAAUGCCCAGGAAAAGCAGGAACGAUACGAGAUCAGCUAUUAUUUGGAGUUUGACGUUUUUGAAACCCAAUGUCCCGUCAGUAGCUCCAAGCCAUUGAAAAGAUGUGGAAUUCGACCAUUUCACUCAAUGAAAUCAUUUGGUGAAUGUAAAAUCAUCAUUCGUAUCUCAAAAGGUUUACAGAAUGUGAAGGAUUUUCAAUGUUCUGAACAUCCAGUUCAAAAUCCAUGCCGAAGAUGCUGGUACACAAUGUCAUUAAAUAACAGAAUGGUGGAUCGCUCUGUUCAAGUUGCCAUUCAGAAGUAUAACAGCGAGAGCAAUGAUACCAAUUAUUUUUCACUUUUUAAUAUCACAAAGGUUUUAACAAAGUCUGUACCAAGCCAAAGGAUACUUGUGGAAUUCAUUAUCCAAGAAACUAACUGCUUUAAAGAUGACUUUGCUGUAGUACUUACAGCGUGUGUUCCAAAACCUCUCAAAUAUGCACAUUUGGGUUUCUGUACGGCAUCUUUUGAUUCGGGGAGUCCUGAUGAUGAUGUGGUUGAGGUGAACUGUGACAUUUAUGCCACAAAGGGAGUCACAGUCCGAGGAUUAAGUGGGCAAGUAGCGCCUCAUGAGGACACUUAUUCAGAUGGGGAACAGAUAUUUAAACCCAAGCUCAAGAGAUCCACUUCCAACUCCAAAUGCCGAAAGACAAAAAGGCCAAGGAAGAAAGACUCAUCUUCAUCAGAAUCAUCAGAGUCAGCAGAGUCAGCAGAAGAACGACAAAUGCGGAGGCAUCGUGGACCUUUCAGAAGUCCAACAAUUCAUUAUCACAUUUUCCCAAAUCUCCCUCCACAUCCAUACACCUGCCCAGGUCAGCCCAGGUAUGUUCUGAGAACACACUAAUCAAGCAAGGAAGAGACAAAGAGACAAACAGAAAGCAAGAAAGGACAGGGAAGGCUCUGAUCUUCAAUGUCUGGAACUUGAUGGGGCAGAAGCCCUGAUUGCAAAUUUAAGCACAACUUGAUCAUGAUUUUCCAUCCAAAUAUUGAAUCUGCUCGAACUUAUCUCCUUCAACUGAUAGCAUGCUGAUGGAAAACACUAAAAAAUGACAGUGUUCAUUGGGGAUUCUUACUAUUGGAGAUGUGUGAAGAAUUGCUCUGAAUUUAUGUUUUAAUUUCUUCAUAUUCAUGAAUUUCAACUUGAAAAUUAAUCUGAAAUAAGUGGCAGAGUUUAAUAUUACAAUUUGUAUAACAACAUUAAGCUUAAAAAUUUAAAGAUGACUUUUCAUUUAAAAAGAAUAUUAGCUGUUACUUGUGUGUAAAU